AUGGCUUCGGACGCGCCCUCGGAAAUUGCGUCCCUGCUCCAGUCCGCCUCCAUCAAGCGGCAUCCGUCACCGCGACACGAUCUCAAUCCAUCCACGGCCGCCUCUGAGAAGCAGCCGGUGCACCUCUCCGCCGACCCCGAUGUCGCGUCCGAUGUCGCCGAAGAUGAGAUUCCCACCAGCGUGCUGCGGCCCGUGCCGCGGCGGAAUACUAUGCCCCCGCUCCCAGACCUACGCUUCGAACAAAGCUACCUGAAGAGCAUCGAGAAGGCGGAAACGUGGAAGGGCGUCCUCUGGAUCACAGUGAAAGACCAGGUUAUCUUGUGCUUUGCUCAAGGCGUGCUGUGGAACCUCAUCAUCCACGGCUGGCGGCAUUGGAAUCGAUCGUCCAAGUUCAACGGACAGAGUGUAGGCGCCAGGAUACGCAGAUGGUGGUGGGGUGUCAACAAAUGGACCAUACCUAAGGAGGGUCGCUCACGUCGCUCACGUCUGAGGGACAAGAAUUUGGCGAGGAACGUGUCGGAGUACUACGAGGACGAAUUCUCGAGUGCCGCCCAGGAUUAG